AUGGAAGGGAGGAAUGGUACCGGUAACCAUGGUGGUCUAGCUUCUAGCUACAGAGGGGUACGAAAGAGAAAAUGGGGCAAAUGGGUGUCGGAGAUACGUGAACCUGGGAAGAAAACUAGAAUUUGGUUAGGCAGUUUUGAGACACCAGAAAUGGCAGCAGCUGCUUACGAUGUCGCAGCUUUACAUUUUAGGGGAUGCGAAGCAAAGCUUAAUUUCCCUGAAUUGGCUGGUAGUCUACCAAAGCCAGCAAGCUCCCAUGCCGACCACAUUCGCAUGGCCGCCCAUCAGGCAGCAAUUUGCCUUAGGCCGCCCGCUACGUCUGAGUCGUCCCAAGGUGGUAGCUCCAGCUCCAAUGUCGGGCCUAUCACGGUUAGGCUCUCUUCAAGCCAAAUCCAGGCCAUCAAUGACUCACCUUUGGAUUCACCAAAGAUGUGGAUGCAAAUGGCAGAGAUAGCAACGCAAGAGGAGUACUCCAUGAUGUUCUAUAAUGACAACAUGGAAGACGAUGAUCAGUGGGAUAACAACCAAACAGAUUCUCUUUGGGAUCCUUAA